GGGGAGAGCGGUAGGACGUGGGGUCAAGGUGGUGGGAGGAACCAGUGGUCCAGAUCACGGCUGUAAACGCUUUGGCUUUACUCUGAAACGGGAAUCUUUGCAAGGUUUUGAGCAGAGGAAUGAUGUGGCUUGGAUGGUUUUUAGUAGGGUCACUCAGGCUGCUGUAGAGACUAGAUUGGGGAGGGAAGCAGGGACACCUAUUACUAGUAGAUCAGGUAAUGAGCAUCCCUACAGCCACCAAAAAGGCUGACUUCAAAGAUGAUGAUGACAGCCACCAUGGAAGUGCUCACAUUUUCCUGGUGAGCCUGGUGAAUAUGCCGGGCUGUAGGGAGGGUUUCACAAGCACCAUCUCCUUUAAUCUCAGGACAACCUGAAGAGGGCAGAGCUAUCACUCACCCUGAGGCUUAGCCCUGUCAGAGGUGACUGCUCAAUAAACACUUGCUCCUUCAGUCUUUUUUUUUUUUGUAAAAUAAACAUAACCUACAGUUUACCAUUUUUAACUGUACAGUUCAUUGGCAUUAAGUACAUUCACGUUGUUGUACAACUAUCACCGUUAUCCAUUUCCAGAGUAGUCCUGAAAUCUUUGCUGUUAUUGGCAUCCUAAGCCCCAGUCCAGUCUCACUCCCCUACCUCAAGCAGCCAACUCCUCUAGGGUAGUCCGUAACACUUAAAAAACACCUAUCGUGUGCCGGAUAAUGAAUGGAAUGACUGAGGGUCCUGUUCUCCUUGCCCCUUUAGUCGGGGAGACUCUGGUGAUGGGGAGAGAAGCACCAGGUAACUAUUGCUGCAGUCCUGAAACCAAAGAUAACUCUUGAACAUACAGGCCUCACACUACCACCAUUUGAUCAGUCCUGUAUUCAGAAAGUGAUGAAUACUCUGUGCCAAACUCAGUAAAUAUUUGUGUUUGUUGAAUGGAUGGUUGGAUGUACCUGCUUGACCCUGACUUCUCAUUUUCUCUUGAGGUCAUCAUUUGGGGGUAGUUGGAAGUGGGCCCAGAGAGGUUUUUGUAAAUGCUGGUCUAUAGCUAUGUGACCUUGGAAAAGUCCGUUUCCUUGGUUCGGCCUCAGUUUCCUGGUCCCUUUAGUGGGAGAACCAGAUGUUAAACAAAUAGACAAUGUUAAGAGAUUGUGUAACAAGAGUACCUAACUUAGGGUGUCACAGAAGACCUCCCUGAAGAGGCAGUAUUCCUGGAAGAGGUGAACUUUAAGUUAAAAUUUGAAAGAUGAGUAGGAGCUAUCCAGAGUGAGAGUGAGGUAGGGGUGGAGCCAAAGGACAGGGAUUCUUUCCAGGGGGACUAGCAUGUUCUGAGUUCUUGAAAGUUCCAGAUCUGUUAGAAAUGGCUUGAGUGUCCGUUCCAGAAUUCUUCUUAAGACCUUUGCUGUUUAAGCUCAGUCUUUUGCAGGGCUGCCAAAUAGCCCUGUACAGGCCUGGCUUCUAGACAGAGAACAGGCAAAUCCAACGUGCGGGAGGCCAGGAGAACUACCACCCCUCAUUCUUCUGUUAGUGUUCUACGUUGACAGAGUAAAUAAGAAGAGGGUCUUCGGUCCCAGAUUUUACUCCUUUACGCUUUUUACUUUUUUUUUUUUUUGGUAUGAAUAGGCAUCAUGCCAGAGUGGUCUUGAGGCAGCUCAGGAGUGGUUGGAAUCUCUGUGUGCCUCUGGGCAGGUGUUAGCUAUCUUUGCUGAGCCUCAGCGUUCACUUCUCAAAAAUGGGAAUACUGAUAGCUUUUAGCUCAUGGGAUCAUUUUGAAGACAUGACCUAAGUCAUGUAAAGUGUUUAGCACAGAGCUGGGUACUCAGUAAGGGAAAAUGUUUGCUGGGAUUAAAUAAGAGUACAGUGGUUUGGCAUAUAUAAAAUAUAGAAACUUCCAUUGUGUCUGUAUGGGUAACAUCAGUUUGACCAGAAUUAGAUAAGUUAUUGUACUAAGAGUUCUUUUAAAAAAUCAUAUAGGUCAAAUUCUCAUUAAAAAAGUGAAAAAUAGCUUGUGUCUUGGUAAUUUCUAGCCCCCUUGACCCUUCAUGUAGGUGUGAUCAGCACUGGAAAAGAUGCCAGCCCCAGCUGCCGCAUAUGAAAGAAUAGUUUACAGAAAUCCCUCUGAGCACCACUACAUGAAAGUCCACCUAGAAUUUCAAGAUCAUGGCAUUGGACUGAAUGCUGCACAGUUCAAACAGCUGCUUAUUUCAGCCCUGAAAGACCUGUUUGGAGAGGUUGAUGCUGCUUUACCCUUGGACAUUCUAACCUACGAAGAGAAGACCUUGUCAGCCAUCUUGAGAAUAUGCAGCAGUGGUCUUGUCAAAUUGUGGAGCUCUUUGACCCUGUUAGGAUCCUAUAAAGGCAAGAAAUGCGCUUUCAGAGUGAUUCAGGUUUCUCCAUUUCUCCUUGCAUUAUCUGGUAACAGUAGAGAACUAGUAUUGAAUUGAGUAGUCUUCAAUUUCAGAAGUAUUCCUCGCUCUCAAAAGUACAUUUUGGUGCCAGCAUAAUGUGUGAAGACUGAAACAGCCUAAAAGCUCCUGUUGAUGGAAUUUGAGACCUCUGAAGAUGCUCCCAGUAAUUUCUAGCCAUUGCCUUGGGUGGGGUAGGCUUCAGAGGAGUAUCUGCCUGAACCAAGCAGUGCUAAACAGGCAGCACUUACAGCGUGUGCACAUCAGAGUUGGAGACCGGGCUGAACUCAGUAGGGCCUUCACACAGAGGGAUGUGGCUAUCUUCUCAGAAUUAACAGGGGAUGUCAAUCCUUUACAUUUGGAUGAAGAUUUUGCAAAACACACCAGAUUUGGAAAGACGAUUGUACAUGGAGUUUUGAUCAAUGGACUUAUUUCAGCUCUCCUAGGUACUAAAAUGCCAGGGCCAGGCUGUGUAUUUCUUUCCCAGGAAAUUAACUUUCCAGCGCCUUUAUAUGUUGGGGAAGUUGUUUUAGCUUCUGCAGAAGUGAAAAAGCUGAAGCGGUUCCUUGCUAUUAUUGCAGUGUCAUGUUUUGUACUAGAAAGUAAAAAGACUGUUAUGGAAGGCUGGGUUAAAGUUAUGGUCCCAGAAGCUCCCACAUCCUGAAAUAUGUCUUUAAAGAUGCAAGUUCAGA